GAACGGAUAGCUGUGGCGAGAGAUGUUUAUGAAAGCUGGAGGAAAAUGAAGUGUAUGUGUGUGUAUUCGUCAGACACGGCCUUCGCUCGACAUCUUUUGUCCUUGGAGAUGCGACGAAAAGCGGGGUAAGUCACUUCAGUUUUAUCCAUUUAACAUAAUAUCUUUUCUCCCCCCUUAGUUUAUACACGUAUCAUAAACAUAUUUCUCUCCCUCUAGUUUGCUUGGGAUUGUGGCUUCCAAAAGUGGAGUGCGUGGCCGUGGAACCAAAGAAGCUCCUUUGAGUGUUCAAAGCCCGCGGAAGCGUCUUGAUCUGGGAUCGUCUGGCGAAAUCCAAGGUAAUCUUUGUUCACUUACAGAAAACACUUCCUUAUAAGCUAUCUAUUUGCUAUCGUUUUGCAGUUCCUUUAUGUUUUUUGGCUAGUCUUCGAAGACGUUGACAUUACAAUGUAGUCAUUUGUUGUUUUGGUAUAGAUCCUUUUUAUCCUGGAGUAACAUCUACUCCUUCCAAGUGUCGAGACAUGCCAAUGCAGAAAACUCCCGUAGUUUUACAGAACAGUAGGUACUUUGAUUAUAUAAUUCACCAGUCACUUAUGUAUAUGUAGCCUAAUUCUGAGAAACUUGUCUUUGAUACCUUACAUUAGUUCUUUGCUUAUAUUACUACUCUGCUAGCCUUAUGGGUGAAUGGAAGACAUACAUGCAGGCUAAUCAGUUGCUGAUUUUGACAUGGUCAUUUCUGUUUGCAAAUUAUUUGUCUGCCACGAAUUUUAUGAUCAUUAUGAUCAUCCUGUCACUGCUUGCAUCACUUUAACCAGUGAGUUCCACGACAAGCAAAAGAUAAUCACUAAAUUCAUCUUUUUACCAUCUAAAUAUACACCGUGUUCUAAGGUGAAUUUUGUGUGCUGUAAUACUGCAGAUACAUAUACAUAUACAUCACAUCAAUGGAAAAGAUGUUUUGCAACAUUUUGUGUUAUCUAGAUCUUUCAGCUGUUGGUUGUUGCUUCCUUUUCAUCUUUGAUGCAGACGUUGAUGUCACUGGCAGUGAAGUAACCACUGCUGGUGAUACGAGUUUCAUUUUAGAGGAAGGAGAGGUCACCAUUUUACUCAAUAAGGAUGAUCAAGACAGUGAUUCAUACUGCGACACAAGUAGUGACAGUGAUGAUCCAACAUUGUACGUUGCUGUUUGUUUUGUUUUUUCUUUUCAGAUGUAAUUAUUUCUUUGUGGCUCUGUUUAUGACCAUUAAAGUUGAUGUAAACUCUAGAACUUAUUUCAUUGUUGUCCCCAGGCUGAAAUCUAGAUUCGGCACUCUGGCAGAUUUUUAAGCAAGUCUAGAAAACAAAGACACAUAGUUUUCUCAAAGGCUCAGAAAAUUAUAAAGUGUAACACUUACUUGUGGUUACUGAAACAUGAUGACUAUUUUUACAUGCAUGUAAGCUAUCUCGCUAGAUCCGUAGUGCUUGUCAAAACCUCUGGGGAUAGGAAUUUGUUUUCUGAUGUCUUUUAUAAGGCUAGUAAAUGUAAAAUUAAUAUUCUUAUCUGUAAGAUGCACCUUUACUACUUUGAUAGAAGUUUAUUUUUAGUUAUAUAUGUGUUUUCUUUUUCCAUCACCCUUAGUGAUUUGAAUUACCUUGGUGAUGCUCUACAGGAGCUUGAUGAGGACCUGGACGAUGACAGUGAAUUAUCGACUGACAGUAAAGAAGACAUGUUCUACAGGUCAGUGAAGUGCAAAAUUGAACUUGGUUAUGUACUUUGUCACUUGAGAACAAAAUUUUAGCAUUUUGGGUUACUGCUAGAGCAAGCGCCUGGUGGUGGUUUCAUGAUAGAUAAAUUAUCAUGAUUAUUCAGUAUGUUUAAAGGUUUAAUGACAAUAAAAAAGGCAAAGCAAAGGUAAUGCAACCACAUUUUACUUCGAUACUUUGUGACAGUGCACUCAUUUUACCCCCAUCUCUCCAUCAAUUUUCUGUUUUAAGGGUGUUUUAAGCUAGUCAAAGCUUCUCAGAAAGGAGAAAAGGAGAAACUUGGAUGUUAUGUCACCAGGUAUCAAACUCGGGACCUUGCACACUGAAGGCCAUGUACUAGCCAACUGUGUCACCCUUGCUCCUUCCAUAAUAUUUGGUAAUAUUUUAUUGUUUUUAUUUUCCCAUAUUAUGUAGGGAAGAGGAAUCAGGAGAUGAAAUAAGUACCAUAGGUUCGUCUAGAGCAACUGAUAAGGACCAGUCAGCAUUGCCAUCGCCUCUUCAGUUAUCUGUAGCUACGCAAACAGAUUCUUCAAUAGCAGAAACACCUUCCUCGCCAGAAACGUCCACAGCCCUUCCCUCUUUGCAACCAGUCCCUUACGUGAAAAAUGCCCUGCGUGCAAGUAAAUUUAAUCGUUUAGGAGAACAGGCUUGCCUUAGCAAGGAAAUCACUCUUGUUGUGGGAACAAAAGUUGUUUGUUCCCUUGACCUUCUCAUACAGUUGUUUGCUGAAAGUGUUGUCAGCCUGGUUGUCAGCUAGCAACCACAGUGAGCCACACUCUUUGUGGCACUAGUGUUUUGAUCAAGUGGAAAUGUCCAGCGGGUCAUGUUGGGAAAUUCUGGAGUUCCCACAAGGUCAAUGGGGUCCUGGCCAACAAUCUCCAGGCAUGUGGUGCUGUCCUUCUGUCUGGUAACAACUUUGCUCAAGUUGAAAGUUUUUGGGUUUGUCGUUUGUAUCGAGGUCGACAUUUUGUCAGGCACAAAGGGUGUAUUGCAUACCAGCUAUCAAUGAGUGGUGGACUUAAGAGAUAAGAGAUAAGAGAGAAGUGGAGUUAAGGUCUGUUAACCUGGAAAAAAGGGUUCUUCAAAACAUACUUGAGAGAAUCACAGAUGUUUUGACGGCAGGAGAAGUCGUUACCGAUGCCUCUGCAAGUAUUAAAAAAAAUGAUGGGUGAGUUUAGAAAUCAAUGUACUUUUGCCUUUUACUUUGCAAACUUUUCUGGUUGACUCAAGACAAAAGUAACAAGUAGAACAAAAUAUUAGUCGUACCUAGUUGAACUUCCAACUUGAUAUUCAAAUUAAAUAAUAUGAGAUCUUUUAGGUCUUGGCAAUGCCAGCUGCAGCUUAAAUUAAGCAAUUUAGCAAAACUGAGACAAAGUCAAAAGUAUAUAUUAGCACAUAAAUUUUUUUAAACCAUUUGAACUCUAAUCAAGAUACUUUGUUCUUGUUCUACUCACCCAAAGUGGUGAAGAACCAAAUUAAUCACUCUUUUCUCAAGGAGAAGUCUAUGACGCAUAAAGCAUUAAUUUAUUUAACAGGCUGGGAUUCUAAGCAGCAAGGCAUUUUUUUUUAGUAAUUGUUGUGUUUUUUUGGUUUUCGGAAGUGCAUUUCCAACAAUUUUCCAUUCUUUAGAUGUAUGGCACAAGGCCAAGAGCAUUAGAAAAUGCUCAAUAAGGUACGUACACUGAAAUCAGCUGUUUAUAUAUGUAGUUAAAAUAUCCAGACCCCUUUGAACGAUUACCAGCACAUUUCUCGGUAAAGGUUACAUAGAUUAAAAUUUUAAUGAUAGCAGUUUUUAAACAUUUAUUGCGAAAGGUACAGAAGGUUCACACACAAUACAUGUUCAUGCCAAAUCUAUCAUAAAUGAUAUUUACUAUCAUUUUUAUCUCAGAUUGGCAGUGCAAAGAACAUGGAAAAAGUAAGUCAGUGGGCAGACCACAUAAUCAACCAUUUUUGGUACUGCUGCAAAAUGGCGUCCAAAGAAACUAGCAGUGAUGAAGAGGCUCUAAGGAGGAUGAAGGUAAUUUGCACAUAA